AUGGCGCUCUGUAGCGUCAUCGGAGAGGCGCUCAUUAUCGAGUCUGGGCGCAGGCAGUCCAACGAUCAGGUUACUAGGACCAUAUCGACAUUUUGUGCAUUCAGGAAGCUUACAUUUGCAGGAAUGGCCUAUUUGUCAAGUGUACUCAUUAUGAUUAUGCCGAAACAGCAAUUGUUUCUCAUGUGCUCUGUAAUCCCAUUGGUGGUGCUGAUGAGCGCAUUCUUUAUCGUAGAAAACGAAGACUGUCGGCAACUCUCGGUCAAGGAGCAGUGGUCCAAGCUUUUCAAUUUCAUAAAGAAGCCAGAAAUCAAACGCCCAAGUACCUUCCUUUUCAUCAGUAUGCUGGUGCCCUCCGCCGGAACGGCAUUGUUUUACUUCAUGACUGAGGAGCUACAUUUCGACCCCGAGUUGUUCGGUAGAUUCGCAGCCAUUCAAGCGUUCGCAAGUCUCAUCGGAGUAUACCUCUACGCGUAUAUAUUCCGCGAAUGUAGUAUUAGGAAGCUAUAUGUGUGGACUACAGUGUUUGUCUCGAUUUGUUGUAUGUUGAGCAUAGUGCUCGUUAAGAGGUGGAACCUGAUGCUCGGAAUACCGGACACCGCAUUUGUUAUUACUGACAGCUCCCUGCUGCAGCUCGUUGGAGAAAUCAACUCGCUGCCAAUAUUCAUCAUGGCUACGAGACUCUGCCCUCCAGGUAUCGAGUCAAGCAUGUACUCUUUCCUGUGGACUGCACAGUUCCUCGGGCUUGACGUGAGCACGUACAUUUCGUCGCUGCUUACCCACGCUUUCGGUAUUGGGGCUAGACAUUUUGAAGGACUUGUGCAUCUCAUCGUAUUCUGUGCUGUGGCGCACGUAAUUCCGAUUUUCUUCGUGAAUCUGCUGCCCGAGAGCAUUCCCAAGACGCCAGAGGACGACGAAUCGGAUACGAAGCCUUGUCUACAGGACGGUGGGUAA